AUUCGAGAUGGUGUUAUCUUUAAUUGGUGAAGGAUUACAAGCAACGAGUGGUCAAAAACAAAUUUCUGCAGAGAAACAACUACUUAUUGCGAUUUGGUUCAUGGCAACUCUUGACUCCUACAGAUCUGUAUGUGUAAAAUUUGGAGUCGGUAAAGCCACUGCUUUCCGAGCCUUGAGACGAGUCACGUAUGCUCUUCAGUGCAUUGCACCUCGUUUCAUCAAGUGACCGCAAAGAGAUGUUGCCAUACAAAUAAUGGAACGAUUUGAAGCAUCAUGUGGCUUUCCAAAUGUGAUUGGCGCUAUCGAUGGAACUCACAUCAAAAUUCGAGCUCCAGUAGAAGACGCUGCUUCGUAUAUCAAUCGGAAAGGAUUUCCAUCCAUAAAUUUACAAGUUGUGUGUGAUUCACGUGGUCUUUUUACACACUGCUAUGCAGGGCAAGUAGGCUCCGUACACGAUGCUCGAGUUUUUAGGAAUUCUCCAGUAGCACGUUUUUUGCACAUGCCGGAUGUUUAUUUUCCAAAUAACUCUCACAUUAUCGGCGAUGCUGCUUAUGGUAUCUAUCCACAUGUGAUGGUACCAUUUAGAAACAACGGGCAUCUCUCACUCAGACAACAAAAUUUCAAUUAUUGUCUUUCGUCCACCAGAAUGGCAAUAGAACGAGCUAUUGGGUCACUGAAAAUACGGUUCAGAAUUAUGUUAGAUUGUCUGCCUUUAACAGAUGUCAAGAAAAUUCCAGAGUUCAUCAUUGCAUGCUGUGCUCUUACAUAACAUUUGCAUUUUGAAAGAUGACACAAUGCCAAUUGCAGUAUGCGUUGCAAAUGAAGAAAUUGGACUAAUUAAUCGUGGCAAUAUAGCUAUAAUGGGAAAUGAAAAAAG